ACCAACUACAGAACCCCAGGGUAGCGAAAACCUUAAACCUUAACUAAUACCUGAAUGUUGAGAGCCGUACUUCGCCGGUCUAAAUCAAACACAACUUCACCACUAUGUGCACGAGCCUCCUCCCGCCGCCUGUCUUCCCUUCCGUCAAGACCACACCCUCGCCGGCGAUCGUUUCUCCGGCAACAUCUGAAACUCAUCCCAACAGCUAAACCUCCUCCAUUCAAUGCACAUUUUCGCCCUCUCUUUACUCGCUCGGUUGCAACUUCUUCCCCUCAAUCUUCUCCAGAUGUUUAUGAUGCUCCGGAGAAGCUCGGGUUUGAGAAACUUUCGGAGCAGUUCAUCGAAGAGUGCAAGUCGAAAGCAGUUUUGUUUAAGCAUAAAAAAACUGGAGCUCAAGUUAUGUCCCUUUCCAAUGACGAUGAGAAUAAGGUUUUCGGUGUUGUUUUUCGAACUCCUCCAAAAGAUUCAACUGGAAUCCCACACAUAUUGGAGCACAGCGUGCUUUGCGGUUCACGAAAGUACCCCCUAAAAGAACCCUUUGUUGAACUAUUGAAAGGGAGUUUGCAUACUUUUUUGAAUGCUUUCACAUAUCCAGAUAGGACCUGCUAUCCUGUUGCUUCCACAAAUGCAAAGGAUUUCUAUAAUCUGGUUGAUGUCUAUCUGGAUGCCGUCUUCUUUCCCAAGUGUGUGGAGGACAUUCAGACUUUUCAACAAGAGGGUUGGCAUCAUGAGCUAAAUGACCCUUCAGAGGACAUAACAUAUAAAGGUGUUGUAUUCAAUGAAAUGAAGGGGGUCUAUUCUCAGCCAGAUAACAUAUUAGGCAGAAGCUCUCAACAGGCUGUUUUUCCAGACAAUACCUAUGGCGUUGAUAGUGGUGGUGAUCCACUAGAUAUUCCCAAACUCACAUUUGCUGAAUUCAAGGAAUUUCAUCUUAAAUUUUACCAUCCCAGUAAUGCGAGGAUAUGGUUUUAUGGAGAUGAUGAUCCAAUGGAGCGCCUACGUAUCUUAAGUGAGUAUCUAGAUAUGUUUGAUGUGAGUACAGCUCCUGAAGAAUCAAUAGUCAAAUCGCAGAAGCUAUUUCUAAAGCCAGUAAGGAUAGUCAAGAAAUAUCCUGCCACUGAAGGUGGUGAUUUGAAAAAGAAGCACAUGCUUUGCCUUAAUUGGUUGAUCUCUGAUGAACCACUUGACUCGGAAACUGAGCUUGCCCUUGGUUUCCUGGACGAUCUGUUGUUGGGAACCCCUGCUUCUCCUUUAAGAAAAAUCCUACUUGAAAGUAGUUUGGGAGAGGCGAUAGUUGGAGGAGGGGUUGAGGAUGAAUUACUUCAGGCCCAAUUUAGCGUAGGAUUGAAAGGUGUUUCUAAAGAGGAUAUUAAAAAGGUUGAGGAUUUAGUAAUGGAUACUCUGAAAUCCUUGGCCGAGACAGGUUUUGACACAGAUGCCGUGGAGGCAUCUAUGAAUACGGUAGAGUUCUCUUUGAGGGAAAACAACACUGGGUCAUUUCCUCGUGGUUUGGCCUUGAUGCUUCAGUCCAUUGGGAAAUGGAUAUAUGACAUGGAUCCAUUUGAACCUUUGAAAUAUCAAAAACCACUGAUGGCUCUAAAAGCUAGGAUUGCUGAGGAAGGCAACAAGGCUGUUUUUUCACCAUUGAUAGAGAAAUAUAUUUUGAACAAUCCUCAUCGUGUAACAAUUGAGAUGCAGCCUGAUGCAGAGAAGGCUUCUUGUGAUGAAGCAGCAGAGAAAAAACUCUUGGAUGAAAAAAAGGCAAGUAUGACCGAAGCGGAUCUUUCUAAACUGGCUCGUGCUACUCGGGAGCUACGAUUGAGGCAAGAAACCCCCGACCCCCCUGAAGUUUUGAAGAGCGUGCCAAGCCUAUCUCUUCAAGACAUACCUAAGAAACCUGUACAAAUCCCAAUUAAGAUCGGGGAUAUUAAUGGGGUAAAGGUAUUGCAUCAUGACCUAUUCACUAAUGAUGUUUUAUACAGUGAAGUUGUGUUUGACAUGAGUUCACUUAAGCAAGAGCUUGUUCCUCUGGUGCCUUUGUUCUGUCAGUCACUGAUGGAGAUGGGUACAAAAGACAUGGACUUUGUACAACUCAAUCAGUUGAUUGGAAGAAAAACCGGAGGAAUAUCAGUAUAUCCAUUCAUAUCAUCAGUAAGAGGCAAAGCUGAUCCAUGCAGCCACAUGAUUGUUCGAGGCAAAGCAAUGUCUGGGCGCAUAGAAGAUCUCUUUAACCUGAUCAACCACAUUAUUCAAGAUGUUCAGUUUACAGACCAGAAGCGUUUCAAGCAAUUCAUUUCCCAGGGCAAAGCUCGAAUGGAGGACCAACUCCAAGGCAGUGGUCAUAACAUUGCAGCUGCAAGGAUGGAAGCAAAGUUGAAUGUUGCAGGGUGGAUAGGCGAACAAAUGGGUGGUGUAAGUUAUCUAGAAUUUUUACAAUCUCUUGAAGAAAAAGUUGAUCUACACUGGAAUGAGAUCUCGUCAUCAUUGGAGGAGAUACGCAGAACCUUAUUUACAAAAUCAGGCUGCUUAAUAAAUCUUACGGCUGACGCGAAGAACCUCACAAACUCAGAGAAGCAUGUUGGCAAGUUUCUUGAUUUGCUUCCAUCAUCUUCCUCCGCCGAAUCAAAAAUCUGGAAGGCUCGACUUCCUACAAUUAGUGAAGCUAUUGUGAUUCCAACCCAGGUAAAUUAUGUCGGAAAAGCGGCAAACCUCUAUGAAACUGGAUAUGAAUUUAAUGGGAGUGCACAUGUCAUUUCUAAGCAUAUUAGCAAUACAUGGUUAUGGGAUCGUGUACGUGUUAGUGGCGGGGCUUAUGGAGGAUACUGUGACUUUGACACUCAUUCAGGAGUCUUUUCGUUCAUGUCUUAUCGGGAUCCCAAUUUGUUAAAGACACUAAAUGUGUAUGACGGGACCAGUGAUUUUCUGCGGGAGUUGGAAAUGGAUGAUGGUGCUCUUACUAAAGCAAUUAUUGGGACUAUUGGAGAUGUAGAUUCCUACCAGUUACCUGAUGUUAAAGGUUAUAGUAGUUUAGUGCGAUACUUACUGGGCAUUGAAGAAGAAGAAAGACAAAAGAGACGUGAAGAAAUACUAUCGACAAGCUUGGCUGACUUCAAGGAAUUUGCGGAAAGAAUGAAUUUAGUGAAAGACAACGGGGUCGUGGUUGCAGUUGCAUCGGCAGAUGAUGUUGAUAAUGCAAACAAGGAAAGACCUAACUUCUUUGAGAUCAAGAAAGCCCUGUAAAAGACAAAUCAUCUCCCAACAGAUUAACACUGUAUACCCAUUCAACCAAUGAGUCCCUUCUUAAAGUUUUGCGGCGAAACUGUAUACCAGCAAAAUGACAUUGUAGGAUACUUGACCUCCCCCAUCCCCCCUGUUGUAGAAUGUAUUCUUUGGAGCUGGAGUGUCCAUUUUGUCGAAAAAUAUGAGUAUUCACUUUUAUGCUUCAAACAAGAAGAAAUCGAGUCCCCCACCCAGCAGCUGAGUGAGGUAUUAGGAAUUUUUUUACCAGGGAUCUCUUUUUCCAUGUUUUACA